AUGAAUCUAGAAUGUGAGAAUACCACGUCUACUAAGAGGGGAGUCUAUCUCUACAGAGGCUCUAUUAUCUAUCUGACUCGGCACCAUAAGGCCAAGCUAACGAACAACUGGGAAUUCUACGUGGCACGUUUUCUCCCGUCCUGGGCAGGCCAUGUCGUAUUCUACUACCUCGCCUAUAUCCGCCCCUUUGUGGGUGACGUACACCAGCCGUUUAACCGUUUCGAUGACCAGGGGCCCAAUGUAGAUCUAAAUGUGGCCUUCGCGUGGCAGAGUGGACACCGUCCGAUUGCUCGGGCGACUAACUAUGGCCUCGAUGGUGCGUUCCCAACGCAGCUCCAGCCGUCCCUCCUACGCGCAUAUGAGUGGGUGUCUACACGGUGGCAUGAAUUCCUUAGACAAGGGAGUAAAUCCGCAUCUCAGCCAUCUUCAGACAAGGGUACCACGAGGUUAGGUCAAGCGUCCGACGACCUAGGUCAGAGAUCACCACAGGUCUCCCUAGUACAGGAGCUACGGCAGCAAGUGACUCCGCCUCGAUCGUCGCCUACUCUACCAAUAGGCUUGUCCCCCUCCGAAACCACUUCCUCCCACUAUCACUACCUAUCAAUCCCCCCCAGCGUAAGCGACCUAAUCCUGCUAAGGUAUCCGCUCAACUACCAUCUACCUAACCUAAACGGCGUAAACGAGCCAAUUCGCCCGAGACAUCUACUCAACUACCAUCUAGCCAACCUAAACGGCAGCGAGGCAGAGGUCUACAUGAGCACACUCGUCCGAAUCCACCAAGCCAUCUCCACAUUAACCCCUGCCCUGACAGUCCGUUAG